AUGCUACCAUGUGAAGGAGUCUUUAAGAAUGCUACAGGUACUUCUGUUAUUGGGAACAAUGAGCUUUGCGGUGGAUUGCUAGAAUUUCACCUCCCCAUAUGCAUCUCCAAAAGCUUCGAGAGUAGAAAGAUCCAUAUGGUGAUAUUGUUCACUUCUGUCAUAUCCGGAGUUCUUGGGCUAGCUCUAAUUCUAGCUUUUAUAUAUCUUUGUUGGUUGAAGAAGAAAGUAAAGGAACAAAUUUCAAGUUCAACGGAUGAUUUACAUCCGAACAUAUCUUAUGGAACACUUUUAAAAGCCACCGAUGGUUUUUCGCCAACAAAUUUGAUUGGUGUUGGAAGCUUUGGUUCUGUUUACAAGGGGAUACUUGAGGAAAAUCAAACUGCUAUUGCGGUGAAGGUGAUUCAUUUAGCCCAUCAUGGUGCUCUAAAGAGCUUCAUAGUCGAGUGCGAUGCAUCAAAAAACAUAAAACAUCGAAAUCUUUUGAAGAUAUUGACAGUUUGCUCAAGUAGUGAUUACCAAGGAAGUGAUUUUAAGGCCUUGGUUUAUGAAUUCAUGGAUAAUGGGAGCCUGGAAAGGUGGCUACACCCCAACAUAUCACCAUCAAAUGGGAAUGAGCUUCCGAAAAGGUUGAAUUUUAUUCAAAGGAUAAAUAUUGUUAUUGAUGUUGCUUUUGUACUGGAUUAUCUUCAUCAACAGUGCCAUAUCCCCAUUGUUCAUUGUGAUCUGAAGCCAAGCAAUAUCCUUCUAGAUGCUGAGAUGGUCGCACAUGUUGGCGACUUUGGGUUAGCAAAAUUCCUUGUUGGAUCAUCUCUUGAUUCUGUAGCCAAUCAAAUGAGCUCAGUGGGUUUAAGAGGGACAAUUGGCUAUGUUCCACUAGAAUAUGCAAGGGGAUGCGAAGUUUCAAGAGAAGGUGAUGUGUAUAGUUACGGCAUUCUCUUAUUGGAGAUGUUCACAGGGUUGAGUCCCACCGACGACACCUUUAGAGAUGAUUUGACUCUUCAUAGUUUUGUCACAAAAGCUUUACCUGAAAAAGUGCUCGAAAUUACGGACAGCAUCCUACUUCAAGAAAGGGAGAGCCAUUUAGGCCCAUAUAAUCCUCCACAUUGGCUUUCCAAAAGUGAUGACAUAAUUCAAGAGUGUUUGCUUAUGGUGUAUAAUAUCGGAGUUGCUUGUUCCUACGAAGUGCCUGGAAGACGGAUGAGCAUAAGUGGAGUUGCAAAUAAGCUACAUCAAAUUAGGGAGAAACUCUUUGCCUUGGGUUUACAUGAACAAGGUGCACCACUAACAGCUUAUAUUUAGCCAUUAUACAUUUAGUGUUGAAUACGCAAAUGGAAGUCGACAGGUAAAAUCUAUAACAAAGAACCAAUCAUUCUUUUUACCUUGAGAUGAUAGUUGAUCAUUAUUCCCCUUCUGUAGCUAUACACAUUUAAACUGGCAAAAGG